AUGAGGUCAGGACUCCUGUCUAGUAACGAGGGACAGCUCAGGAAUCUCUUCGAGGCUUGGCCGGGCACAAGGGACGCUUCUCGAGUGACGUCAGGACUCCUGUCCAGUAACGAGGGACAGCACAGGAAUCUCUACGAGGCUUGGCAGUGCACAAGGGACGCUUCUCGAGUGACGUCAGGACUCCUGUCCAAUAACGAGGGACAGCUCAGGAAUCUCUUCGAGGCUUGGCAGUGCACAAGGGACGCUUCUCGAGUGACGUCAGGACUCCUGUCCAAUAACGAGGGACAGCUCAGGAAUCUCUUCGAGGCUUGGCAGUGCACAAGGGACGCUUCUCGAGUGACGUCAGGACUCCUGUCCAGUAACGAGAGACAGCUCAGGAAUCUCUUCGAGGCUUGGCAGUGCACAAGGGACGCUUCUCGAGUGAUGUCAGGACUCCUGUCCAAUAACGAGGGACAGCUCAGGAAUCUCUUCGAGGCUUGGCAGUGCACAAGGGACGCUUCUCGAGUGACGUCAGGACUCCUGUCCAAUAACGAGGGACAGUUCAGGAAUCUCUUCGAGGCUUGGCAGGGCACAAGGGACGCUUCUCGAGUGACGUCAGGACUCCUGUCCAAUAACGAGGGACAGCUCAGGAAUCUCUUCGAGGCUUGGCAGGGCACAAGGGACGCUUCUCGAGUGACGUCAGGACUCCUGUCCAAUAACGAGGGACAGCUCAGGAAUCUCUUCGAGGCUUGGCAGGGCACAAGGGACGCUUCUCGAGUGACGUCAGGACUCCUGUCCAGUAACGAGAGACAGCUCAGGAAUCUCUUCGAGGCUUGGCAGUGCACAAGGGACGCUUCUCGAGUGACGUCAGGACUCCUGUCCAAUAACGAGGGACAGCUCAGGAAUCUCUUCGAGGCUUGGCAGGGCACAAGGGACGCUUCUCGAGUGACGUCAGGACUCCUGUCCAAUAACGAGGGACAGCUCAGGAAUCUCUUCGAGGCUUGGCAGGGCACAAGGGACGCUUCUCGAGUGACGUCAGGACUCCUGUCCAAUAACGAGGGACAGCUCAGGAAUCUCUUCGAGGCUUGGCAGGGCACAAGGGACGCUUCUCGAGUGACGUCAGGACUCCUGUCCAAUAACGAGGGACAGCUCAGGAAUCUCUUCGAGGCUUGGCAGGGCACAAGGGACGCUUCUCGAGUGACGUCAGGACUCCUGUCCAAUAACGAGGGACAGCUCAGGAAUCUCUUCGAGGCUUGGCAGGGCACAAGGGACGCUUCUCGAGUGACGUCAGGACUCCUGUCCAGUAACGAGAGACAGCUCAGGAAUCUCUUCGAGGCUUGGCAGUGCACAAGGGACGCUUCUCGAGUGACGUCAGGACUCCUGUCCAGUAACGAGGGACAGCACAGGAAUCUCUACGAGGCUUGGCAGUGCACAAGGGACGCUUCUCGAGUGACGUCAGGACUCCUGUCUAGUAACGAGAGACACCUCAGGAACCUCUUCGAGGCUUGGCAGGGCAAAAGCGAUGCUUCUCGAGUGACGUCAGGACUCCUGUCCAGUAACGAGGGACAGCUCAGGAAUCUCUUCGAGGCUUGGCAGGGCACAAGGGACGGUUCUCGAGGUGAGGCAGGGCACCCAAGGAACCUUUCCAAUACCCCCAAAGAUUUUGGAAUUCCUGUCAAUAUUCAAGAGGAGUCAGGCAUCGUCACCUUUUGA